AUGAGCAAGAUGUCCACCCCAGCUAGGGCUAGAGACAAUGUCUUCUCACGACGCGAGAUCGAGGGCAUGCUUGCUGAAGACAAGAUGAUCAUCAUUGUCGAUGGCAAUGUCCUCAGACUAGAUUCCUGGAUCAAAUAUCACCCCGGAGGUGAUAUGGCUAUCAAGCAUAUGAUUGGAAAAGAUGCCACAGACGAAGUGAAUGCACUUCAUUCACAGGAAGCCCGCGAGCGCAUGAACAAAUUCCAAAUUGGCCGAAUCGAAGGCCACUGGACCAACUUCCUUCCUCCCAUCCAAGGUGGUAAAUUCCGCCCAUUGAUCGAGAAUGUGAUCGAUGAAGAAGACCUAGUGAGCUCGGGUCUUUCAAGCGAUGAGAUUUCAGCACCACCAUCUCCCAUAUUCGAAGCCGAAGAUGAAAAAUCGGGCUUGAGACGCAGACUAUCGGUAUCAACAAUCUCCUCAGCAAUCAGUGCCAUCCCUCCGCCAACAGAACAAAAAGCACGAACCUACGUGAUUGAUGCUCGAACCCAAGAGGAAAUCGAGAUGGAUUCAGUCAACUACCCUCCUCUCGACGCAGAACAUCAAGAAUACGUUGUAAAAAGAUAUCGCGAGCUACACCAGCGUAUCCGCGCAGCAGGACUGUACAAAUGCAACUACAAAGCCUACGCUAUCGAGAUCAGUCGCUACACCCUCUUCUUUGGACUGUUCCUCUUCUUCCUCAAACAUUCCUGGUUCUGCCUAUCAGCCUUCUUCCUCGGCUGUUUCUGGCACCAACUCGUCUUCUCCGCCCAUGAUGCCGGCCACAUGGGUAUCACGCAUAAUUAUCAUAUCGACACCACCAUCGGCAUGAUCAUCGCUGACUACCUGGGCGGUCUAAGUCUAGGCUGGUGGAAGCGCAGCCACAACGUGCACCACAUCGUCACCAACGCCCCCGAGCACGAUCCAGAUAUCGAACUGAUGCCCUUUUUCGCGCUGUCGCACCGCUUCUUCAGCUCGCUCUAUAGCACCUACUACGACCGCGUCAUGGAAUACGACGCCGUGGCCCAGAUCACCGUCAAAUAUCAACACUACCUAUACUACCCCAUCCUUCUUUUCGGCCGCUUUAACCUCUACUUCCUAAGCUGGGAGCACAUCAUUGUCGGACGCGGACCGAAGCACGGCGCAGGCUGGUGGCACCGUUGGUUCGAGUUCGUCGGCCACAUCUUCUUCUGGGCUUGGUUCGGUUACGGGGUUGUCUGGUGUAGCAUCCCGACCUGGUUUAACCGCGUCGCCUUUGUUCUGAUUUCGCAUAUGGUGACUUCGCCGCUUCAUGUGCAGAUUACCUUGUCGCAUUACGCUAUGUCCACUGCGGAUCUCGGCCCGCUGGAAUCUUUCCCUCAGAAGAUGCUCCGCACUACCAUGGACGUUGACUGUCCGCCUUGGUUGGACUUCUUCCAUGGUGGUCUCCAGUUCCAGGCUAUUCACCAUUUGUAUCCUCGUAUCCCGCGACACAAUCUGCGCAAGACACAGCAGUUUGUUCGGGAGUUUUGUGAGGAUGUGAAGAUUCCGUAUGCGGUCUUUACCUUCUAUGAUGGUAAUAAAGAGGUUAUUGGUCGCCUUGCAGACGUUGCCAGACAGGCAAGACUCAUGGAGGAGUGUCGGAAGGCUUGUGCGGCGGAUCCUCAUAUGCAUUGA